GGAUCAUUUUUGAAUAAAUAAGAUUGUAUAGCAUAUAUGGGCUUUGUAAUAGAGCAGUUUAUUAUAGUUCUGAGUUUGGUGCUGCUUACAAUAAAACCAUCAAAAGUACUUUCAUAAAAAAAAAAAAAAAGAAAAAUCAAUCUAGUCUCGUUGAACAGACUUCGGUUGUGAUCUGGUAGUUGUUCUAUGACAGGGUGUUGUUUUGACAGUGUGAAGGUGUUUGAGAAUGGUGUGUUAAUUUGCUUUGGUUGUUAAUUCAAUUGUGAAUGAGAUUAGAAUCAUGAGUAAGGACACAACUAAGUAUACGCUAACUAUUAACAUAAAAAGAGACGACGAUAAAGCUCUUGUUUAUUAUAAACAAGAUGGUGAAAGAUUUCAAUCCAACUGCACUAUUAAAUUGAAUGUUGAAACUACAUAUAAAUUUUUGCUUAAUUUUCGUCCACCUCUUAGAAUAAAGUCAGGAAGCUUAAAGAAUAAUGGAUUAGAAGUGAAAGAAGAAGGAUUUACAUCUGAAUCGUCAUCAUAUUGUUUACUGUGGACAAGUAAUGAUGUUGUUGUUUCUAAAAACAAAGGGCGUGAAAACUUCACUCUGUCAUUAACCGUCCCAGAUUUAGGAACCUUGGAAAUACCACUUCAAUUAAAAUUCUAUGAUGCAAAGGAUAAGAGUCAUUCAGUUUGGGGAAAUGAAUUACAUCAUAUUGAGUAUGAAUGUAUUUAUAAAAAAGACUCAUUUUCUUUUAGUAUAGAGAAAGAAAUGUUUAGAUGAAUUUAUUCUGAAUUAUGUAAUUCAUGUGCCAAGUUUUAUUUGAACACAUUUAUUUAUAUUGUUAUUAUAUUCAAUUCAUUGGAUUUUCAA